CAGAAGCCGGGCAGGGGCGGGGCCGAGCUGAGCUCCCACUCGGGAUAGUUUCAGGAUCGCUUGUUGAUUGCUGUUCCCAGACAUGGCUACGCGCUGUUUGCAUUGGGGGCCGUGGUUGAAGUGGCCUCGGGCACGGCCUCCUCCCGCUAGAAACACGCUGACCCCAGCCUUCUGUCAGCGGUUCUCCACUCAGACCACCCCCCAGAUCUGUGUGGUGGGCAGCGGCCCCGCUGGCUUCUACACAGCCCAACACUUGCUAAAGCACCACACCCGGGCCCAAGUGGACAUCUAUGAGAAGCAGCUCGUGCCCUUCGGCCUAGUGCGCUUUGGGGUGGCGCCUGACCACCCUGAGGUGAAGAAUGUCAUCCACACAUUUACCCAGACGGCUCGCUCUGAGCGCUGUGCCUUCCUGGGCAACGUGGCGGUGGGCAGGGAUGUGACGGUAUCUGAGCUGCGGGGGGCGUACCAUGCCGUGGUGCUGAGCUAUGGGGCGGAGGACCAUCAGGCCCUGGGGAUCCCUGGUGAGGAGCUCCCUGGCGUGUGCUCAGCCCGGGCCUUUGUGGGCUGGUACAAUGGCCUUCCUGAGAAUCAAGCGCUGGCACCGGACCUGAGCUGUGACACUGCCGUGAUUCUGGGACAGGGGAACGUGGCUCUGGAUGUGGCCCGGAUCCUCCUGACCCCACCUGAGCACCUGGAGAAAACAGACAUCACAGAGGUUGCAUUAGGGGUGCUGAGGCAGAGUCAGGUGAAGACGGUGUGGAUAGUGGGCAGGCGCGGGCCCCUGCAAGUGGCCUUUACCAUUAAGGAGCUUCGGGAGAUGAUCCAGUUACCAGGAACCCGAACCAUUUUGGAUCCUGCAGAUUUCUUGGGCCUCCAGGACAGAAUCAAGGAGGUCCCCCGUCCAAGGAAGCGGCUGACGGAACUGCUGCACCGCACGGCCACAGAGAAGCUGGGGGCGGAGGAGGCUGCUCGCCAGGCUUCUGCCCCCCGUGCCUGGGGCCUCCGCUUUUUCCGAAGCCCCCAGCAGGUGCUGCCCUCGCCAGAUGGGCAGCGGGCAGCAGGCAUCCGCCUGGCACUUACCAGACUGGAGGGUGUCGGUGAGGCCACCCGGGCAGUGCCCACAGGAGAGACGGAGGACCUUCUUUGUGGGCUGGUGCUGAGCAGUGUUGGGUAUAAAAGCCGUCCCAUUGACCCCAGUGUGCCCUUUGACCCCAAACUCGGGGUCAUCCCCAAUACAGAAGGCCGGGUUGUGGGUGUGCCAGGCCUCUACUGCAGUGGCUGGGUGAAGAGGGGACCCACAGGUGUCAUUGCUACCACCAUGACUGACAGCUUCCUCACCAGCGAGGUGCUGCUGCAGGACCUGAAGGCCGGGCUGCUGCCCUUUGGGCCCAAGCCUGGCUAUGCGGCCAUUCAAGCCCUGCUCAGCAGCCGAGGGAUCCGGCCAGUCUCUUUCUCAGACUGGGAGAAGCUGGAUGCUGAGGAAGUGUCUCGGGGCCAGGGUGCUAGAAAGCCUCGGGAGAAGCUGGUGGAUUCUCAGGAGAUGCUGCAGCUGCUCGGGCGCUGAGCCUGGAUCCCAGCCCUGUCAGGGAAGGAGGCCUGGGUCCGUCUGAGCUGGACUCGAUCCCAGCUAUGGUGUGCCUGCCCUGGCCUGGGGGCUUGGCUGCCACUCUUCUGGGAACCUCCCAGUACUGCCUUCUGCAAGAAGGUUGCCCUUACCACUGUGGUUUAGCCACUCUGUGGUUAAGUUAUGGAGGGGUGGAGGCACAGGUUGGUUCUACCGUUUUUCACCUCUCUACCGCUGGACUUUGGAGGGCCACUGGGUCGGGAAUAUGUUGGAAAUAAAGCAGCUGAAACC